UCCAAUCUUGUUCGCAGUUCAGUUCAGUUUGCUUGUGUCGUUUUGUUUUGUUGCUUCGUUUAUUUAUUUUCUAUUGUUUUUUUUUUCGUGUGUUAAUUUAGUUUAACAGUGAAACAGAGUUGCAGAAGUGUUUCUGUAUAUAGGAAGUUCUGCUUCAGUUUGAAUCCAAGUUUUGUAUUUUCUUUCUCUUGAUUUUGGAGGAGAACACAAUGGAUGAAGCUGGAGCUUUACCUCAAGGACCCCCCAUCAACAUGCUACCACCUACACCUCCAGGUCUGGAAGCCCUGUACACCUUGUGCAGGAAGAUCUACCCAGACCAGGUGAACCCUCUGCAAGUUACAGCACUCUUGAAAUAUUGGCUGGGUGGACCGGAUCCCCUGGAUUAUAUAUCCAUGUACGCACAUCCAGGAAAUGCCCAUGAGAACAUCCCUCCACAUUGGCAUUACAUCAGCUUUGGAUUAUCUGAUCUGCAUGGUGAUGGAAGGGUGCAUGAUGUGACUGGUCCUGAAGGGUUGUCAGGGUUUGGCUUUGAGCUGACUUUCAGAUUGAAGAGGGAACCUGGUGAAACUUCACCACCAACUUGGCCUGCAAAUCUCAUGCAAUCCUUAGCAAAAUACGUCUUUCAUUCAGGUAAUACGUUGUGCACAGGAGAUCACGUCUCUUGGCAUUGCGCUUUAGACAAUAGCGAGUCCCGAAUACAGCAUAUGCUGAUGACUUCCGAUAUACAAUUGAGCUCCGCGCAGACACCGUUCGGGAACGUCGAUUUCAUUCAGAUUGUGGGAGUCUGUGCGGACGAGCUGAGAGCGGCGCAACAGUGGAACGGAAGCGGAGUUCUUAAUAUGCUGAGCAAUUUGCCUGCAUCCGGGGGUCCUUGGCACGUAACGGAUAUGCGUAGAGGAGAGAGCAUCUUCGAAUACGAUCCGUCGGCUCACGAGGAAUUGGAGCGCGGCUUCGAGACGGAAGGUUCAAAUCUGAGCGGCGUGAGCGCGAGAUGCUCGUGGACGGAUCACGAGGCGAGGGACAGGAAGUUCGUGGACGGAGUAUCUAGACUGACAGACGAAGAGACUGAACAAAUAAAGAACACGCUGCAGAAGGGACUGCAAGGCGCGGACGGAUUCAAUAAACUGGACGACGUUCGCGAAUCCUCGGGAAUGCUGGAAUCCGCGGAGCUCCUGCACGUCCGGAAACUGGAUGGUAUUCAUCUGGUUUUCAAUUUGGAAGCUGGCAGUUUAUUACCGCUGGCCAUUCGAGGACGCGUUAAGCACGGAAGACACUUUACGUUCAAAUCUGUGCUGGGGGAGACCGCUAUAACUUUGGUGGCGAAUUCUGUGACCGGGACUUUGGUGGACAUGGAACAUCCGUUCGUCGCUCAAGGAUCCUGGCUGCAAGUCCUCAUUCCCGAUGACUUAGCUCAAGACAUGGCUGUUACAUUCCAGGUCUUAGGAUCUCCUGAGGCCCUUUCAUUACCGAAAACAUUUUCUUGGCCAGAGAGGAAACUGUCCAUCACAAUAGUUGCGGAUAAAAUCUAAUUAUCUAAUUAUUUUAAUUACUAACAUUAUUAUUAUUACUAAAACAAAGUUAAUGAGCAAAAGGAGAACUACUGGUGCUAAUGCAAUAUAUUUUUUACUAUGUAAAUCAGUAAUUCAAAUAAUUGAAUACGUUUGUUUUGAUCCGAAAGAGAGUAUCGGUUCUGUUUGUUAAGAUAACUCUAUUUCGCCAUUAUAUCUUUACUCUGCUAUUUAACUAGAUCUGUAUCUAAUUACAUGUUGUAAUGUAAUUAUGCUUUAAGUAACUUAUACACUUUAUGUUUGUUUUUUUGUAACUUCUUUUUUUA